AUGAUUAUCGGUACGAUUAUUAUCAUCGAAGAUGCUGGGUCGGAAUUCCUCAUUACGCACCAAAGGACGAGCGUGUGCGAUAUUUUUCACUACCUGCGUGUCCAUCUCGGAAGUUGGUUCUACCUGCGAGGAUUCUUCACCUUCUUACUUCAUGUCGUGACCAAAGAUGCCAUCUUACCUUGGCUACUGCCUAUGAACGGCGAAACACCAUGGGCUGAAAAAAUUCAAUCCGCAAUCCACGCAUCUCUUCUGGCAGAACUCCAAAUUGUCUGGUUGCAUAUAGUUUCGACUAAGGCAUCGCACAAGUCUUUACAUCAGCGCAUGCCCAAAUUCACCUGCUGGAUUCGAGUCAGCCCCGUUUUGUUUGUCGAGGUUCUCACCCGCUGGCUGGUUUUCUCGGCUGCUGUCUUGUUCCAAGCAGAACUUCUGAGGGUUACUGGUAUUAUGGAUAUUCAACAAGAUCUUUUCAUGCCCGAUGGAGUCCAUCUUAAAGAACCAGCGCAACUCGGGUCAAGAAUCUGGAUUGUGAGCAUAUUUCCGAAGUUCAUGGAGUUCUUGGUUGCCCUCCCGAUUCGUGCAGUUUUUACUCGCAUGGCAGUCUCAAUGCUGCCCGCCGACGAUAACCCUAUCGUGCCUUUAGAUCCUAGGCUCAUGAAUAAUGUCCCGCUUGGGAUCUUGGACGCCUGGAAGAGCUUUGACGCAGCUUCGAGGGCUCGUUUUUGGAAAGUACAGAUUCAAGCGUUUGUGCUAGGUGUGAUGCUCUUCUUGGUUGGCAAGUCGAUGUUUGGAGAUUUUGAGGAAUAUGCCCCUUUUCCGAUUAUAUGGUUCAAUCCAUGA